AUUCAAAUCUUGCCGAAGUUGUUUCUUCCUUUGAGGCUGUGUAGUUGGUUUUGGGCAGAGAACAAAGUCAAGAAUUCUAUUCAUUAUAGAGAAUUGAAAGAGAAGUACCAAAAGGCAAGCAGAGACUCUCAAGAGGUAGCUAGCAAUGGCAGACGAAGUGGUUUUAUUGGAUUUCUGGCCAAGCCCAUUUGGGAUGAGAGUGAGGAUCGCCUUGGCGGAGAAGGGCAUCGACUAUGAACCCAGGGAAGAAGAUUUGAGCAACAAGAGCCCUCUGCUUCUCAAGAUGAACCCGGUUCACAAGCAAAUCCCAGUCUUGAUCCACAAGGGAAGACCCGUAUGCGAAUCCCUCAUCAUUGUUCAAUACAUUGAUGAGGUUUGGAGUCACAAAGCUCCUCUGCUGCCUUCUGAUCCUUAUCAUAGAGCCCAUGCCAGGUUCUGGGCUGACUAUGUUGACAAGAAGAUUUAUUCUACAGGAAAGUUGGUGUGGGGAACAAGAGGUGAAAUCCAAGAAGCAGCAAAGAAGGAACUGAUAGAGUGCUUCAGGCUGCUGGAAAAUGAGUUGGGAGACAAGACCUACUUUGGGGGUGAGACCUUUGGCAUAGUUGACGUGGCACUUAUCCCUUUCUAUAGCUGGUUCUAUGCGCUAGAGACCUGUGGAAACCUGUGCAUGGUGAAGGAGUGUCCAAGGCUUGUGGCUUGGGCUAAGAGGUGCAUGCAGAGGGAGAGUGUGUCCAAGUCUCUGCCUGAUCAGUACAAAAUGUAUGACUUCCUUUUGGAGCUUAGGAAAAAGUUUGAGAUUCAUAGCUAAGAGAGUAUAUAUAUAUAUAUAUAUAUAUAUAGGAAUAAAUG